CCAAGAAAAAGCAGUGUCCUUUUUCUUUGGACACAUUGCUCCUUUUUCACCGUCACAUGUCAUUAAUCAAUGCCGAGGACCUUUGCCCAGCAUUGUUGAGCUCGCAACUUCUAUGCAGUUUCUCUUUUCUCUCUGAUAAACAGCCAACAAUGAAUAGAUAAAACGAAAAGAAAAGGGAAGAUCAAUACACAAUUGAAUUGGCAAAAAAUGACAAUGGGCAUCAAUUCAUUGAAUUUUUUUUUUUCCAACCUUAGUCUCUGCAAUGAUUCUACGAAUUGGGUAUCUAAACUCUGUAUCUGCAGUCUGCCAACUCAACUUUGUUGAUGGCCACAAGCUUUUCAACUUCAGUUUAGCAUCUCCUCUCCCAAAAUUUCCUCACGGUGUCCUCAGCGAAGAUGGCUUUUAUAAGGUGGCAGUGAAUGAAUCUGUGCUAUGGUUUGAGGAUUGUGGGGGGCCGUUACAUUAUGGCAUGGAAUGUAGUGCACUUGUGACAGACAACAUAGGAGAUGAACGGAAUCCACAAAAAGGUGUCAUUGUUAAGAUGUCAAAUACUGUUAAGACAUCCACUGGCUCCAAGAAUUGUUCGCUCAAUGUCUCUGUCAUUUGCGAUUCAAAUGGUGUUCAAGGGCCACAUUCACUGGAGAAAUUAGGGACCUGUGAUUUGCUGCAGUAAUACAGGCAGCAUCCUUUGGGUUGUGCCAUUGUAUCUGUUCAUGGGAAGGGAUGGGGCUGGUUUGGUACCUUGGUCAUCAUUAUCUUAUGUCUUUCUGGUAGCUAUAUGCUGGUGGGUGCAGUCCUUGGAGCACGUGAGUUAGAUAUGAUUCCAAGCUUUGAUUUUUGGGUCACACUGCCUCAGAUAACACAGAGUUAUUUUGCAUCUCUGGUGUGGAAAUUUAGAGGAGCAACAGAAGGUAUUAGUAUUCUUCAUUGAUGAUUGUAUUUGCACAGUAGAAAACUAGCUACUCUUUCUGGAGGUUGUCUAUGGUUGAUUUUACAUAGAGUAUAAAUGAAACUGGAGUAGAUAGGGCCAGACUGAAUUUUUGUUUGGUGUCUUGGAUGCUGAUAGCAGUUGGCCUUACCGUGAGGUCCAUGGCAAUGGACACUUGAUAUUUUCACAUCCAUACUGCGACUGUGCUUAGCAUAAAGCUGCAAUGUGAUCCAUGGAAUGAUGAAUAUCGAUGUUUUUAACCGUUUAGUUCAUAACCUUGCUAAGGGUAACUUCGUGACUAUGAAGUGAUGGUUUUAUUCUUGAU